CGACCGACUCACAGAGCGAUCCUGUUACUUUACUGUUCCUAAUUAUCGCAUAGUACGUUCCUUGGUCUUGAAUUAACUAUGGCUAUUGCUGCAGUAGGACAACUAUGUUCAACCGCCAGUAUGGCGGGCAACUUGGCCCAAUGUCGAAUGCUGGUACAGAAAGCAGUUAAGGCUGGGGCAAAAGCAUUAUUCCUUCCUGAAGCCGCAGACUAUAUCGGGUCUUCGCCAGCCGAGACUAUAUCACUAGUUCGCUCAGUGCAAGACAGUGAAUUUGUUUUGGGUCUCCAAAAGGAAGCUCAAGAAGCUAAUUUGCACAUCAAUGUUGGGAUACAUGAGCCGGCUCCCAAUGGAAAGGUAAAAAAUACACUUAUUUGGAUUGAUGAUAAAGGCGUUAUUACACAGCGCUAUCAGAAAAUCCACCUAUUCGAUGUGGAUAUCAAAGGUGGCCCCGUCUUAAAAGAAAGCUCGAGCGUUGAGAAAGGGAUGGAGAUACUGCCGCCGUUUGAUAGCCCAAUUGGACGUGUUGGUCUAUCAAUCUGUUUUGAUCUACGGUUCCCGGAAAUUGCUCUUGCUUUGAAACGCCAGAAUGCUCAGAUAAUUACUUAUCCGUCAGCAUUUACAGUUCCGACAGGAAUGGCACAUUGGGAAACUCUGCUUCGAGCCAGAGCCAUUGAGACGCAGUCCUAUGUGAUAGCCGCUGCUCAGGCAGGUCCACACAAUGAGAAAAGGCGAAGUUAUGGUCAUUCGAUGAUUGUAAAUCCCUGGGGAGAGGUUGUAGCUAAACUCGGUGAUGAAUACGAGGAACCACAGAUCGCAUAUGCGGAGAUCGAUUUGGCCCUUUUGGAGAAGGUGAGAAGAGAAAUGCCUUUACUUAGAAGGACAGAUGUGUACCCCGAAGUAUAAAACCUUAUAAAGGGGGGGCGAUCGAGUCAAGAGAGAUGUAAGCAUAUUCUUUAGUUUUAAGAUCAUAUAUCUCAGCAAUUCAUAUCCUACUUAUUAGUUUUAGCAGUAAUGACUAUCCGCAGGCAAGAAACAAUAAAGUCUAUAAGCAAUUGCCUUUUUUUUUCUUCCCUUUUUGUGGCUUUGAUGUGCAAGCUUCCGGGAGGAAUAAUUCACAAUGUAAGAUAGCAGGUACAUGCGGAGAAAAAGAAAAAAUCGAAGAACACGAAACAAAU